UCAACAGCGCGGCCCGGCGCGCUCUGCUGGGGAGGCUGCCCCGCCGGCUGGGCCCGCCGCCCGCCAUGAGCGAGCCGGAGGUGGAGGCGAUCGUCUCCCAGAAGUACGAGAUCAAGAGGCGGCUGGGCAAAGGGGCUUAUGGCAUUGUAUGGAAAGCAGUCGAUCGCAGGACAGGAGAAAUAGUUGCUGUUAAAAAGAUUUUUGAUGCUUUCAGGAACAGAACAGAUGCUCAGAGAACAUUUCGAGAGAUUAUGUUCCUGCAGGAAUUUGGAGAACAUCCAAAUAUUAUCAAGCUGCUUGAUGUUAUCCGAGCUCAGAACGACAAGGACAUCUACCUCAUCUUUGAGUCCAUGGAGACAGAUUUACAUGCUGUGAUUAAGAAGGGGAAUUUGCUGAAAGAUAUCCACAAGUGUUACAUUCUCUAUCAGCUCCUGAAGGCAACUAAAUUCAUCCACUCAGGAAAUGUUAUUCACAGAGAUCAGAAGCCUUCAAAUAUCUUGCUGGAUGCAGACUGCUUUGUUAAACUUUGUGAUUUUGGGCUGGCCCGUUCUUUAUGUCAGAUGAAUGAGGACCAAGGUAACCCUCCUCUAACGGAAUAUGUGGCAACACGCUGGUACCGAGCCCCUGAGAUCUUGCUUUCCUCUCGGAGUUACACUAAAGGUGUAGACAUGUGGAGCAUUGGCUGUAUUCUGGGAGAGCUGCUACUUGGGAAGCCUCUUUUUCCUGGAACAUCAACAGUGAAUCAAAUAGAGCAGAUCCUGAGGGUCAUUCCUGCCCCAUCCCCAGAAGAUAUUUUGGCUAUGCAAUCAGAUUACAGGGCCUCAGUUAUUAACUGCAUGAGUUCCCGGCAGCGAGUAACAUUUGAGGAGAUUUUACCAUCCUCUACUCCAUUGCCUGCCUUGGAUCUUCUGAAGAAACUUUUAGUAUUUAACCCUGAUAAACGACUCACAGCAGAGGAGGCUUUGCAGCAUCCUUAUGUGAAAAGGUUUCACUGUCCUGCCAGGGAGCCCUCUCUGGAUUAUGAUGUGAUUCUUCCUUUAGGUGAUGAUAUCCAGCUGUCUGUGGCAGAAUAUCGAAAUAAACUAUAUGAGAUGAUCCUUGAAAAAAAAUUAAAUAGACAUCCAAAGGAGCAAGUGCAGAGAGAAGGCAUUCACCUAAGUCAGUCUGAAUCUAAGCCACUUCUUCCAAAUUCCAGUUCUGUGACUUUACCUACCAGGAAAGACCAGAGAGAACCAACACCACCUCUUCUAAAAACUUCGCAUGUGCACGCUGGAACUACAACUAGUGUCCAGCCAGAAGUAUCCAGCCGGAGUGAAGAUUUAUGUCAGAGACCAAAGAUCCAUGUGAUAUAUAAUCCCAUAACACACACUACUGUUCAAAGUAAUGCAAAUUCUGGUGCUGUGAUCAGGAACUGUCCUGCACCACCUUCUCAACAGGCCAGAAUCUCCAACAAUAAGAAACCGGGGAGACAAAUCACAUGGGCAAAUGCAAAUGCUCGGCUGCCUCCUACAAGUGUACAGAACCUUUAUAAUAAUUCAAGAAAUAUUCAGUUUCACAGCAAAGAUGUUCGACCCCUUCCGAAGCCCAGUAAAAAGAUGUUCCAGAUUACUGCAAAUAUGGGAGCUGCUGGUGAUCCGAAAGCAUCAAUGGGCAGUUACUCCCAGGCCUAUGGAACCAUAUGUAAAUCUGCACUGCAGAGUCUUCCGAUACCAAAGUCCUCCCAACACGAGCAGUGAAUAUGGAAGUGUUCUAACCAGGUGAAGUACAGCUCAUCUCAUCAGUCCUUAACUGAGCAAGUAAUAGCAAGUGAGAGCAAAAUAUAACAGGCGUUUGACAGGGAAAUGCUUUAUUCAUUGCAAGGAACAAUGUACUACUUUCCUCUAGACAAAACAACGGGAAGGAGAAUCUAAUCCCUUUGCCUUCAAGUCUUACCAGACAAGGGCACAGCACUAUUUGCUCCCAUACCAUGAAAGCAAUUAAUACUGUCAGUUAAUAUUCCUAGUUUGAAUUAUUGCAAAAAAUUACAGAAAACCGCAAUAUUCUGACACUUGAAUGUGUUUAGACAUAUACAGACUAUUCAGGGCCUUUAGACAUAUUCAGACACAUUCAGGGCCCCAGAGAGAGACUUUUUACCAAGGCCUGUAGAGACAAGAAAGGGGUAACAGUUUUAAACGGAAGGAGGGGAGAUUUAGAUGAGAUAUUGGGAAGAAAUUGUUUGCUGUGAGGGCGGUGAGCCCCUGGCCCAGGUUGCCCAGAGAAGCUGUGGCUGCCCCAUCCCUGGAGGGGUUCACGGUCAGGUUGGACGGGGCUUGGAGCAACCUGGGCUGGUGGGAGGUGUCCCUGCCCAGGGCAGGGGGUGGCACUGGGUGGCCUUUAAAGGUCCCUUCCAACCCAUUCUAUGAUUCUGUGAUUCUUUAGCAGUUUCAGGUGCAUUGCUUAAAUGUGGAUAUUUUUUUUGAGCAGAACAGGUAACUAUCUGUUCUCUGAAGACCAAGACAACUAAACUCCUCAUAGAUAAUCUUAAAGCCCUUCAUUUUGUUUUCCUCUAUUUUCUAUGAUUCCUCUGGGGUAAAUUAACAUAAUCAAUGGGGAUUAUUUUCAUUAAAAUCAAGUAGAAAAGCAUUUUAAAUUGAGUUCUGCUACAAUAUUUAGUACCUUACUGACCAUGUAAUUUGUAAUAUUGUAAUAAUAAAUACUUUAUUUCUUUGUCUUUCAGUCAAUGUUUGCUGUGUGUGAAAGGGGGAAAAAUACAGGGGUAUCUUGUUCAAUGAAUAAUGC